AUGUCACCGCAAAGCUCAACGCAGAGCGGCGCCAGCCAAAUGCGCUCGCACGGCGGCGGCUACCUUCCCAUUGAGAACUAUGGCCUCAUUGGAAAUAUGCGGACCUGUGCACUCGUUGGCAUGGACGGCAGCGUCGACUUUAUGUGCUGGCCCGAGUUCGACUCACCCUCGGUCUUCUGUCGUCUGCUCGACAAGGACAAAGGUGGCCACUUUAGCAUCCACCCAGCCAAACAUUUGUCGUGCACCACCAAGCAGCAGUACCUGGCCUCGUCCAACAUCCUCCAGACCAAGUACAUCCAUGACGAUGGCGCCGUUGAUAUCGUCGACUUCUUCCCUCGCCCCAAGACGGCCAAGGUUCUCUUCAAGGGCCCCAAGCAGAGCGCCUACCGCGAGAUGACCAGCGUGCAGGAAGAGCUCAAGAAAUGGCUCGUUCGCCGCGUCGAGUGCAUUAGGGGCUCCAUGGAGCUUGAUGUCGAGAUCUUCCCUGCGUUCGAGUACGCAUCGGAGCCGCACACAACGGAAAUCCUCCAAGAGGAGAGCGGCGCCCAUGCCACUCGCAGCAAGGCGGUAACGUUCCACUCCAAGACGGUCAACCUUCAGCUCGACGUCAGCGUCGACAAGGGUGAAGACGACGGCAAAUCCUGCCCUAUUGUCCGCUUCAAGAAGGUGGCAAGGCCCGGAAUGCUGGGCGAGGGCAUAGUUGCCACCAUCAAGAUCUCCGAAGGACAGGCCGUAUCGCUAGUCCUCCGGAACGACCUCCCAAACCAUGUCACAGAGACCAUCACCCCGCUGGUCCUCGACAGCCAGCAGCACGACACCCAGGCCUACUGGUACAACUGGAUCAACAAAUCCAGCUACAAGGGCCGGUGGAGGGAGGUGGUGAGCCGAAGUCUCAUGAUCUUGAAGCUAAUGACGUACGAGCCCACCGGCGCCAUCAUUGCGGCCCCGACUUUCUCCAUCCCUGAGGAUAUCGGCGGUGUUAGGAAUUGGGACUACCGCUUCUCCUGGGUUCGCGACUCUAGCUUUACCAUCUACAUCCUCUUGCGCCUCGGCUUCACCGAAGAGGCCGACGCCUACAUGAACUUCAUCAGCGAGCGGCUUCUCAAGUCUCGCGGGGCCGACGGCGGACUGCCCAUCAUGUUCACCAUCCGCGGCGAAACCGACAUCCCCGAGAACGAGCUGGCGCAUCUGGACGGCUACCGAGGCAGCAGGCCCGUCCGGAUCGGUAACGGCGCCGCCUUUCACCAGCAGUUCGACAUUUACGGCGAGCUCAUGGACGCCGUCUACCUCUACAACAAGUAUGGCAAGCCAAUUCACUGGGACCUGUGGGUGUCGGUCCGCGAGAUGCUCGACUACGUGCUCACUAUUGUCAACGAGCCCGACAUGAGCAUCUGGGAAGUGCGGAACAACAAGCAGAACUUCACCUACUCCAAGAUCAUGCUGUGGGUGGCCUUUGACCGCGGGCUCCGGCUCGCUGAGAAGCGCAACUUCCCGUGCCCGAACCGCGCCAAGUGGCUCGAGGCGCGGGACACGCUGUACGAGGAGAUCAUGAAGAAGGGCUACAACAAGGAUAUGCAGUGCUUCGUGCAGAGCUAUGAGAGCCGCACCACGCUCGACUCAUCCAUCCUCAUCGCCCCGUUGGUCUUCUUCAUUGCCCCCAACGACCCGCGCUUCGUCCAGACCAUGGACCGCAUCAUGCUGCCCCCAGAGAAGGGCGGCCUGACCAGCACCGGCUUGGUGUACCGCUACGACACAGAGCGGUCUGAAGACGGAGUAGGAGGCCGCGAGGGCGCCUUCAGCAUGUGCACGUUCUGGCUGGUCGAGGCAAUGACGCGCGCGAGCGUCUACGAGCCCAAGUACCUCGUGCGCGCCAUCAACCUGUUUGAGAACAUGCUCAGCUUCUCGAACCACCUGCUCAUGUUCUCCGAGGAGAUCUCACGCAGCGGCGAGCAACUGGGCAACACGCCCCAGGCCUUUAGCCACCUGGCCUUGAUCAGCGCCGCCUUCAACCUGGACCGCGUCUCGGAGAAGAAGUAUGGGAGGUGA